UAUGUUUAUCCACAGUGGGAAUAAAACAAUUGUCAUGUAAUCCAUUUAAAUCAAAAUAGUGUUUAUAUUUGUCUUCUGAUAAAUGCAUUACAUAUGUGUUAAUCCUUUCGUUAAUAAUUGUAUUAUAAUAUACAACAUUUAAUAAUGUCAGGAGGGGCAUUAUCAGUGUCCUAAAUCUGUAAAACUGGUGGUUUAACCACAAAGAAGGCAGCGAAUUUGCUUGUGUUACAAGGGAAAUGAUGUAGAGGGAACGCUUUAUUUCUUCUUAAUCUGGAACAAUACUUUCUCUACUGUGUUUCGGGAGUCAUCGGUGUGAGCCGCUCCACUCACUUCAAGAAAACUUCCUGGAUUACUCAACACACACUCCGAAGCCUCGGCACACAGCCCGUCACACGAGUCUUCCAGUUAGUCUCGUCAGCAUAUUUGCAUUUUAUUUUUUUUUGACAACAUGAAAGUUUUAGCCACUUAUGAGUUGUGCUGAGCUGUCGUGUGUCGUUCAGCUGCUUUAUUGUGACUUCUAACCAGAGAUGGCCACCGCGCCACAGUCUUCACUUCAUAUGAGAUCGGCUGAUCUCAUUAAAAAAGAGGCCCUGGACUACGGAGGCUUUGGAGAAGUCUACCUGUGCUACCAUGUCACCCUGGGCCAGGUGGUGUUGAAGACUAUGUAUACAGGACCGAUAAGCACCGUGAAGAGUCAAAGGUCGCUGCUGGAUGAGGGGAACAUCAUGGCGAGCCUGAACCAUGAACGGGUGGUCAAGUUGCUGGGUGUGAUCAUGGAAGAUAGAGACUGCUCGCUGGUGAUGGAGCUCAUCCCCAGAGGCAACCUGUCGGUCAUGCUCGAUACGGUCACUGUGCCAGUGUCCGUCAAGGGCAGAUUCAUCUUAGAGAUUUUGGAAGGGAUGGUGUACCUCACAGAGAAACACGUCAUACACAAGGACAUCAAGCCAGGAAACAUUUUAGUGGACAAGGAUUUCCACAUCAAGAUUGCAGACCUCGGCCUGGCCACCUGCCGGACGUGGAGCAAACUCACGAAGGAAGAGUCUCGCAGGAGGAGUCGUAUGGGGCCAUCAGCAGAGGUGAGAGGGGCCGGCACGCUGAGCUACAUGGCCCCUGAGCACCUGGAGAGUGUGCACACAGCCUCCACUGAGAAGUCUGACGUCUACAGCUUUGCGAUUGUGGUUUGGGUGAUCCUCACAGGGAAAGAGCCGUAUGCAAAUGCAAGGAGUGAAGAACAAAUCAGCCAGUGUGUCCAAAAGGGGGACCGACCUGCAGAGAGCCUUAUUCCAGACGACACGCCCGUCGAGAUGAUUCAGCUCAUGAAGAGGUGCUGGGACCACAACCCGCUGCAGCGGCCGACAUUUGAAGAGGGCUACAACUUCUUCCUUCCUUUCUACACGGAAAAGCUUGAACCACACGUAGAGGAAGAUUUACUUGAUUUGAGGGAAUUAUAUGAAGGCCCAGAGGAACUUGUUGAGAAGAUUAAAUCUUUAUCAAUGACCCAGGAUUAUUUAUCGGCAGAUUGCCCAGCUCCUUUGGUGAGUUCAGACAGAAGUGUACCCGGGCCGGUUGAAGCCAGCAUUGAGGACCUGCAUGGCAUCCAAUAUGAGCCACCCAUGGAGUCUCUUCAGACAGACGCAAAGACGGCCGGCAGCCCUUCGGCUCUGGAGGAGAAACUGGGUCGGGAGCUUCAGUACCACAAACACGGCAGCUAUAACUGUGAGAACCAGCCGGACGCUGCCCGCGCCUUCCAUCACAGCAACUCAAAUCCUUUCUUGCAAAACCACGGCAUGAUGGAUCACGCUAUCAGGCAACCAGAACCUGACAGACCCUCCUACCCGUCCUCUGUCCAUUCCUGGACAAAAGCUGAGCCGGUGCAGCCCGCCAGCCAGGAAGAGGCUUGGCAUCGCCCCACCGCGGGUCUCUAUGAGUCCAUGAACUCUUCCACGCCGACUUCAUCCCAUUUGCCGAUGUCUGCCAGCAGUCCUUCUCUAUCAAUGUUUAACCAGGAACACCCACUUUCCCACUACGACCGCCAGCAGUCCUGGCCAGUUUACCCUGUGUGUGACACAUCUGCUCCUGACAUCAGUCCUGGGCGUCUCCUGAUCCCUACCAAUGGCUGCUCACAACAAGAUCCAGCAUCUCUUUUCAUAAACAAUGCCAGCGGCAUCCAGAUUGGGAGCAACAACACAAUGAAUAUCAGAGGUUACGAGUCCACCAGUAGUUUAGUGUCUCUGCCGUUUACCGCCUCAGCUACCUCUCUCAUCGAAGAAGGCAUUCUGAAAUAUGAGGACCAGGCUGUGACCGAGGAGCACCUGGAUCUGCUGAGGGACAACAUCGGAGCCAAAUGGAAGCGCUGUGCACGGCGACUUGGUCUGACCGGUGUGGAAAUAGAGACCAUUGAGCACGACUGUGACCGCUACGGCCUGCCGGAGAUGGAGCACCAGAUGCUGGAACGUUGGAAAAUGAAGGAGGGACGAAUUGGCUGCACAAUUGGGAAGCUUUGUCGUGCCCUGAAGGGCAACAUAAAGGUAGAUGUCAUCCAGAAGAUUUUGGACACCUGCGGUUCUUCCUUCUCGGUCGGCUGAACUUUCAACCUCAUUCCCUCUAAAUGACUUUCUACCUGUGAUGGUUGCAUUUUGUGAACGGUUUGAAACAUUUAAAGGCUCCCUGUCAAAUUGUAAUGAACUAUUAAGUAAUAAUUGCCUAUCCUUCCUUUUUCAUGUGGCAGAUGAAAUGUUGUAGUUAGCGAGUCAAUAGAAACCUUGACAAGUAUGUUCUCCAGAAAUUGGAGAAGCCAUUGCUUGGUUACUGUACCUUUAAAUGAAGAAUGGCCUCAUCUUGGGUGAUAACCAAACAUUUAUUCCAGCCCAACACAACUAUAAAGACUCACAAAAUGACAGAACAGGUAAGGUGAAUGAGUUGGUAAGAAGCUGAGACAUUUAUUCCAUUAAUACAUGUGUAUUAUUGUUGUCAUCCAUUCAUCCACUAGGGAUCAGCAGACGAUAUAUUCAUCAGUAAAUUGAAGUCUGUCUUCUUGAAUCUGGGACCUGUUUUAGAUUAUUUCCCCAAAUUACAGUAAAGGUACGUGAAUUACUAAUGAGCUAUUUGCAUGAGUGUCCAGUGUGUGGGUUUACUGUAAUGAUAUGAGGGUGUCUAUAAACUGUUUAGCUGCUGUGCUGCACAUCUACUGUAUCACACGUUUUGGAUUGCAGGAUACGUCUCUCACCAUCCAAAGAUUAGAUUGUCUCGGAGAUGUGUUCAUGUCUUAUUCUGUUUCAUUACAGAACUCAUUGUAACUUGUCUGUGUACUGGGUCUUACAGUUGCAAUGUAGGUCUCCCUACACAGUAGCUUUCCCCAAACCUGCAUCUGUUUUAAAGCCAUUUUGAUAUUCUGAAUAAACUGUACAUACGUU